UCAAAAUCAAGUCAAAAACAAAGCAAAAACAAAAAAAAAAAAAGGAAAAUUAAGAAAGAUGGCAGCAAGAAUGGCUACUACAUCAACUGUUGUAGGUUUGGUCAGUUCCUCUCUUUCUUCCCCAAAAAGGACAUCCCUCAACUCAGGCUUCUUAACAUCACCAGUCACAGCAAGAAACCCUCUAAGGAUAGCCCAAGCUUCAGGAGGCAAAUUCACAUGCUUUGAGAGAGAUUGGCUGAGGAGAGAUUUGAAUGUGAUUGGAUUUGGUCUAAUUGGAUGGCUAGCACCUUCAAGCAUUCCAGCAAUUAAUGGCAAAAGUUUAACUGGUCUCUUUUUUGAGAGCAUUGGCACUGAGCUCUCUCAUUUCCCUACUGGCCCUGGUGUCACUUCUCAAUUCUGGCUAUGGAUGGUCUGUUGGCACUUGGGUUUGUUCCUCUGCCUAACUUUUGGGCAAAUUGGAUUCAAAGGAAGGACUGAGAAAUACUUUUAAAUGGAUUUUUUUUCUGAUAAUUUGUGUAUAAUGAAGAAUCUUUCAAUGUCUUAACUCUCCUUCUUUCUCAGUUUUCAGAAUAUUAUGGGAGACAAAUCCCUUCUACUUUCUAUA